GAGCGGGAGGCCAUCUUGGUUUAGCGGCCGCCAUCUUGGAUAUCGUUAUGCAAGCGGCAGGCUCAUCCGGGCAUUUCUGUUGGCGCCAUUUUGAAUAGCUCUGAGAAGAGUCACGUCCGGGCAUUGGGGGGAGGAAUCCAAGACGGCUGCUCCCAAGACAGCGUGAAAUGAAAAGUGAGGCAGCUCAAAGCCCAGCUCGAUCCCCGCCCCCAUAAACUCCCAGCCCUGGGCUUCCCCUUUGUUCCCCCCCCCAAUGGGGGAGGGAACCAAAAUGGCGGCCCCCAUGGGAGGGCGGUGCUAAGAUGGCGGCGCCCACGGCUGAGGGAGCCCGCCGUACAGCGGCUCUGGUUUUGGGGAGAGCGAGCGGGGCCAUGGCGGCGGCCCCCGGCGGCCCCGCGCUGCUGCAGCCGCGCUGGAAGCGGGUCGUGGGCUGGUCGGGCCCCGUGCCCCGGCCCCGACACGGCCACCGCGCCGUGGCCAUCAAGGAGCUGAUCGUCGUCUUCGGGGGCGGCAACGAGGGGAUCGUCGACGAGCUGCACGUCUACAACACAGCCACCAACCAGUGGUUCAUCCCGGCCGUGCGGGGCGACAUUCCCCCCGGCUGCGCCGCCUACGGCUUCGUGUGCGACGGCACCCGGCUGCUGGUCUUCGGGGGCAUGGUGGAGUACGGCAAGUACAGCAGCGACCUCUACGAGCUGCAGGCCAGCCGCUGGGAGUGGAAGAGACUCAAGGCCAAGACCCCCAAGAAUGGGCCGCCCCCCUGCCCCCGCCUGGGCCACAGCUUCUCACUCGUGGGCAACAAGUGCUACCUGUUUGGGGGGCUGGCAAACGACAGCGAGGACCCCAAGAACAACAUUCCCAGGUACCUGAAUGACCUGUACAUCCUGGAGCUGCGCCCCGGCUCCGGCGUGGUGGCCUGGGACAUCCCCAUCACGUAUGGGGUUCUGCCCCCGCCCCGCGAGUCCCACACCGCCGUGGUGUACACCGAGAGGGACAAUAAGAAAUCCAAGCUCGUCAUCUACGGGGGCAUGAGCGGCUGCCGCCUCGGUGACCUCUGGACGCUGGACAUCGAGACGCUGACGUGGAACAAGCCCAGUCUGAGCGGCGUGGCGCCCCUCCCCCGCAGCCUGCACUCCGCCACCACCAUUGGCAACAAGAUGUACGUCUUCGGGGGCUGGGUGCCCCUCGUCAUGGACGACGUCAAAGUGGCCACGCACGAGAAGGAGUGGAAGUGCACCAACACGCUGGCCUGCCUCAACCUGGACUCCAUGGCCUGGGAGCCGAUCCUCAUGGACACGCUGGAGGACAACAUCCCGCGGGCCCGGGCGGGGCACUGCGCCGUGUCCAUCAACACCCGCCUCUACAUCUGGAGCGGACGCGACGGGUACCGCAAGGCCUGGAAUAACCAGGUCUGCUGCAAGGACCUGUGGUACCUGGAGACAGAGAAACCCCCGGCACCCUCGCGGGUGCAGCUGGUGCGGGCCAACACCAACUCGCUGGAGGUGAGCUGGGGCUCGGUGCCCACAGCUGACACCUACCUGCUGCAGCUGCAGAAGUACGACAUCCCGGCGGCCGCCUCGCCUGCCCCUGCCCCGGUGCCCUCCGUGCCCGCCAACCCACCCAAGAGCCCCGCCCCAGCCGCUGCCGCCCCCGCGCCGCCCGCCAGCCAGCCCCUGGCCCAGAUGGGCAUCACCCUGCUGCCCCAGGCCGCCGCCCCCACGCCCACCACCACCAUCCAGCUGCUGCCCUCUGUGCCUGGCACGCCCCUGCCCGUGGCCAGCCCCGCACGCACACAGGGUGUCCCGGCCGUGCUGAAGGUGACAGGCCCCCAGGCCCCCCCGGGGCCCCCCCUGGUGACGGUGCGCUCGGCCAGCCAGGCGGGCAAGGCCCCGGUGACGGUGACCUCGCUGCCGGCUGGCGUGCGCAUGGUGGUGCCCACGCAGAGCGCCCAGGGCACGGUGAUCGGCAGCAGCCCGCAGAUGAGCGGAAUGGCUGCCCUGGCGGCCGCCGCGGCCGCCACACAGAAGAUCCCUCCCUCCUCUGCGCCCACAGUGCUGAGCGUGCCAGCCGGCGCCACCAUCGUCAAGACCGUGGCUGUCUCCCCGGGCACCGCCACGCUGCCCAGCACUGUCAAGGUGGCCUCCUCCCCCGUCAUGGUGAGUAACCCGGCCACCCGAAUGCUGAAGACAGCAGCAGCCCAGGUGGGCACCUCGGUAUCGUCCACGACCAACGCGGCCACGCGGCCCAUCAUCACAGUGCACAAGUCGGGCACGGUCACCGUGGCACAGCAGGCCCAGGUCAUGACCACCGUGGUGGGUGGCGUCACCAAGACCAUCACCCUGGUGAAGAGCCCCAUCUCCGUGCCGGGGGGCAGCGCACUGAUCUCUAACCUGGGCAAAGUGAUGUCGGUCGUGCAGACCAAGCCAGUGCAGACCUCGGCCGUGACCGGCCAGGCCUCCAGCGGCCCCGUCACCCAGAUCAUCCAGACCAAGGGCCCCCUGCCGGCGGGCACCAUCCUGAAGCUGGUGACGUCAGCGGACGGGAAGCCCACCACCAUCAUCACCACCACGCAGGCGGGCGGCGCCGGCCCCAAGCCCACCAUCUUGGGCAUCAGCAGCGUCUCGCCCAGCACAACCAAGCCGGGCACCACCACCAUCAUCAAAACCAUCCCCAUGUCGGCCAUCAUCACCCAGUCUGGGGCCACGGGUGUGACCAGCAGCCCUGGGAUCAAGUCCCCCAUCACCAUCAUCACCACCAAGGUCAUGACCUCAGGCACGGGCGCCCCCGCCAAGAUCAUCACAGCGGUGCCCAAGCUGGGCACGGCCCACGGGCAGCAGGGCGUCACGCAGGUGGUCCUGAAGGGUGCUCCAGGCCAGCCCGGCACCAUCCUGCGCACCGUGCCCAUGGGUGGUGUGCGGCUGGUCACGCCCGUCACCGUCUCCGCUGUCAAGCCCACUGUCACCACGCUGGUGGUGAAAGGAACAACGGGUGUCACCACCUUGGGCACCGUGACGGGCACCGUCUCCACCAGCCUGGCUGGCGCAGGGGGCCACAGCACCAACGCCUCGCUGGCCACUCCCAUCACCACGCUGGGAACCAUCGCCACCCUGUCCAGCCAGGUGAUCAACCCAGCCGCCAUCACCGUCUCUGCCGCGCAGACCACCAUGACGGCCGCCAGCGGGCUGGGCACGCCCACCAUCACCAUGCAGCCCGUCUCGCAGCCCACGCAGGUGACGCUGAUCACGACGCCCAGCGGGGUGGAUGCCCAGCCGGUGCACGACCUGCCAGUCUCCAUCCUGGCCUCGCCCACCACGGAGCAGCCCACAGCCACGGUGACCAUCGCCGAUGUGGGGCAGGGCGACCCGCAGCCUGGCACCGUCACCCUGGUGUGCUCCAACCCGCCCUGCGAGACCCACGAGACCGGCACCACCAACACUGCCACAGCCACCGUCGUGGCCAACGUGGGCGGCCUAACCCAGCCCAUGCACUUCGUGUGCGAGGGCCAGGAGGCCGGGCAGCCCAAUGGUGGGUUAGUGCGCGUCUGCUCCAACCCCCCGUGCGAGACGCACGAGACAGGCACCACCAACACGGCCACCACGGCCACGUCCAGCCUGGGUGCCGGGCGAGUGUGCACCAACCCCCCGUGCGAGAUGCACGAGACGGGCACCACCAACACGGCCACCACGGCCACGUCCAGCCUGGGCGCCGGGCGAGCGUGCACCAACCCCCCGUGCGAGACGCAUGAGACGGGCACCACCAACACGGCCACGUCCAGCCUGGGCGCCGGGCGAGCGUGCACCAACCCCCCGUGCGAGACACACGAGACGGGCACCACCAACACGGCCCCCACGGCCCGGUCGCUCAUGGGGCGGGAGCAGCCGGAUGGCGGCCUGGUAGCCCCACCCAACCCGCCGUGCCAAACGCAGCACACCAGUGCCACUCGCACCACAAUGUCGGCCAAAGCUGGCGUGCCUACAGAGCAGCCGUGCAGUACCAGAAUGGCAAAUCCCCCCCCGGCGGUGCCUGGCACCAACGCACAAUCCCCGGCGCCGGCUGGCCGGCCCUGUGAGGCUCACCAGACCCACACCACCAACACCGCCACCACAGCUCGGUCGCUCAUGGGCCGGGGCCAGCCAGACGGUGGGCCGGGGCCAGCCAAGAGCCCCCCGUGCCAAACCCAACAGACUUGUGCCACUCACACAACAAUGUCAGCCAAAGCAGACGUGCCCACGGAACAGCCGUGCGGCGUGAGGAUGGUUGCGCCGGACGUGGAGGCUGGGCAGCGAUCACACGUCAAUGACCCUUGUGAGACGGGCACCACCUCCACGGCCACGUCAAGCGUGGGCACCCGGCAAGUGUGCACCAACCCCCCGUGCGAGACGCACGAGAGCAGCACCACCACCACGGCCACAGCCAGCGUGCGCGCUGGGCGAGCGUGCACCAACCCCCCGUGCGAGACGCACGAGACCGGCACCACAAACACGGCCACAUGUACCAUGGGCGUUGGACGAGUGUGCACCAACCCCCCGUGCGAGACGCACGAGACGGGCACCACCAACACAGCCACCACGGCCACAUGCACCAUGGGCGCCGGGCGAGUGUGCACCAACCCCCCGUGCGAGACGCACGAGACGGGCACCACCAACACGGCCACCACGGCCACGUCCAGCCUGGGCGCCGGGCGAGCGUGCAGCAACCCCCCGUGCGAGACGCACGAGUCGGGCACCACCAACACGGCCACCACGGCCACAUGCACCAUGGGCGUUGGAGGAGUGUGCACCAACCCCCCGUGCGAGACGCAUGAGACGGGCAUCACCAACAUGGCCGCCACGGCCACAUGCACCAUGGGCGCCGGGCGAGUGUGCACCAACCCCCCGUGCGAGACGCACGAGACGGGUACCACCAACACAGCCACCACGGCCACAUGCACCAUGGGCGCCGGGCGAGUGUGCACCCACCCCCCGUGCGAGACGCACGAGACGGGCACCACCAACACGGCCACCACGGCCACGUCCAGCCUGGGCGCCGGGCGAGCGUGCAGCAACCCCCCGUGCGAGACGCACGAGUCGGGCACCACCAACACGGCCACCACGGCCACAUGCACCAUGGGCGUUGGACGAGUGUGCACCAACCCCCCGUGCGAGACGCACGAGACGGGCACCACCAACACGGCCACCACGGCCACGUCCAGCCUGGGCGCCGGGCGAGCGUGCAGCAACCCCCCGUGCGAGACGCACGAGACGGGCACCACCAACACGGCCACCACGGCCACAUGUAACGUGGGGACGGGCCAGGCUGGGGGGGCCCAGCACACCCCUGGCAGCGCGCCCUCCGAGAUGCAGCAGACCACAGCCACCAGCACCACCAUGGCAGCCAGCAUGGGGGGAGCUGGCACCGAGCCCCCCUCCUCUGCCCCCCAGGAGCCGGGGGGAGCAGGGCCCAGCCAGCCCCAGUUGCUUCCCACAAACCCGGUCCCACGCGUCUGCUCCAACCCCCCCUGCGAGACACACGAGACGGGCACAACCCACACGGCCACCACUGUGACCUCCAGCAUGGGCGCCAACCACGACCAGCCGCCGGGCGCCAACGGGCAGGGGCAGCCCGAGGGGGCGCAAGGCGAGGCCCCCGCCAGCCCCAGCAGCGUCUCCGCCGCGCAGACCCGCGCCGUGACCACCGUGACGCAGUCCACGCCCGCGCCGGGCCCCGCCGUGCCGAGCAUCUCGUCACUGGCAGAGACCCCCGCGGAGGAGCCGCCGGCGCCCCCCUGUCCGGAGCCAGCGCAGCCCCAGCUCCCCGAGCCGCCACAGCCAGAGCCGCCGGCCGAGCCCCCGGCCCCGCCGCAGCCCCCCGCUCAGGGCCCCCCGGAGCCUCCCCCGGCCCCGCCGGCGCCCCCCGGCCGGCCCCCGGCGCCCACCCCGGACGGGGAGCCACUGGCCCUGCCCCAGGAGCUGCUGGCCGAGGGUCAGGCGGGCGCCACCCUGCUGGUGACAGGGCUGACGCCCGAGGAGCUGGCGGUGACGGCUGCUGCCGAGGCCGCGGCUCAGGCCGCAGCCACCGAGGAGGCCCAGGCCCUGGCCAUCCAGGCCGUGCUGCAGGCGGCCCAACAAGCCGUGCUGGGUGCGGGGGAGCCCAUGGAGACGGGCGAGGCGGGCACGGGGCCAGCGGAGCUGGGGGCGCUGGGGGGCGAGGGCCCCGAGGGGCAGCCCACGGCCAUCCCCAUCGUGCUGACGCCGCAGGAGCUGGCCGCCCUGGUGCAGCAGCAGCAGCAGCUGCAGGAGGCCCAGGCGGUGGCUGCGGCUCAGCAGCCCCACGGCGCCCCCCUGCCCACCGAGGCCCUGGCGCCCGCCGACAGCCUCAACGACCCGGCCGCCGAGAGCAACGGGCUGAGCGAGCUGGCCAGCGCUGUCAGCAGCACCGUUGCCCUCCUGCCCGCCGCGCCCAGCGAGGGCCUGGCUCCGUCCAACACAUUCGUGGCCCCACAGCCCGUGGUGGGGCCCAGCCCAGCCAAGCUGCAGGCGGCUGCCACCCUGGCCGAGGUGGCCAAUGGCAUUGAGCCUGCCCCCAUGAAGCCGGAUCCCUCGGUGCAGCCCCAGAAGCUGUUGGUGAAGAAGGAAAACCAGUGGUUCGACGUGGGUGUCAUCAAGGGCACCAACAUGAUGGUGACCCAUUACUUCCUGCCCCUCAACGACGCGCCCCCUAGCGACGACGACUCGGGCACUGUCCCCGACUACACGCAGCUGAAGAAGCAGGAGCUGCAGCCGGGCACGGCCUACAAGUUCCGGGUGGCCGGGCUGAAUGCCUGUGGGCGCGGCCCCUUCUCCGACAUCUCCGCCUUCAAGACCUGCCUGCCCGGCUUCCCGGGUGCGCCCUGCGCCAUCAAGAUCAGCAAGAGCCCUGAUGGGGCCCACCUGACGUGGGAGCCACCCUCGGUGACCUCGGGGAAGAUCGUGGAGUACUCGGUGUACCUGGCCAUCCAGAGCGCCCAGGCGGGCGAGCCCAAGGGCACGGCACCGGCCCAACUGGCUUUCAUGCGGGUCUACUGCGGGCCCAGUCCAUCGUGCCUCGUGCAGUCGGGCAGCCUGGCCAACGCCCACAUCGACUACACCACCAAGCCGGCCAUCAUCUUCCGUAUCGCCGCCCGUAACGAGAAGGGCUACGGGCCCGCCACCCAGGUCCGGUGGCUGCAAGAGUCCAGUAAGGACGGCUCCAUGGCCAAACCGGCCAGCAAGCGGCCGCUCUCCUCUCCCGACAUGAAAUCUGCUCCAAAGAAGCCGAAGGCCGACGGGCAGUGAAGGAGGCCCCCCGCCUCAGCACCGGCUCCCCAUGCCCCCGCUCGCCAAGGAAAGCGCAUUUCAUUGGGGCUGGACUGUGGGGCCGGGGGGUCACUGAACCGUGCUCCUCCCCCGGACCCUUGGCUGCAGGGGGGGCCGGGGGGCCCUGGACUCUGAUUUGCCCGGGGGGGCAUUGGGUUUUUUACAUGUUGCAGUUGCUGGAAUGAAGUUCUUUUGUCCUCCCCACUGUUGUGCGGGACGAGGGCUGCAGAUUUGGGGGUGCUCCCCACCAGCUCUCACCUCUGUACAGACCCCCCCCCAGUUCCCUUGUAGUGUCUGAGUUGUAGAGGAGAGGGGGGGCUGUAGCUGUUGUGAAUAGCAGGGUCCCUCUACAGGUGUUUGAGGGGGGGCCCUAGCUUGACCCCCCCACCCCGAAUCAGAGCCGCUGUCUCCUCCCCCGGGGCAGGGGGGCUCCUGCCUCCCCUUGGGAAACACUUUUUUUGUAUAAACCAUUUUUUUAGGAAAAAAAGAAAAACCGAAAAAAAACCCCACGGGGGGGAGGGGCUCGUGGCCCCCCAGAAGAUAGGGUCCCCCCCGGUGCGGGGGGGCCGGUACAGGUUUAAAUGCCCUCUGAGCAGUUAGUCGGGUCAUUUAGGGGGGAGCCCCUGCGUCUCCCCCUUGUGCCCUCCUGGUCGACAUUCCAUGGGGGCGCCCCCCAAGUUCGAGGGGCGGAGCCGGGGGGCUCCAGGCCCGGCCCCCGGGCUGAGGCGGGCGGGCAGCCCCCCUCGUUGUAUGAUAGUGUAUUUCGCUGUGCCCCCCCGCCCCCGUGCUGUGUCUGUCGGGUUGUGCGAUUUUCGACCAUUAAAGACAUUUUUGAAGUAAA